AAAGCAUAGUUCAACAACUGAGAAUCAAACCAAUUCGAAGACAAUUGCAAGGCUGAGAAUGAAAUCAGUUCAGAAACCACUGCAUAUUCUCUCCCUUGCCUCAAAAUCCACUAUCACACCACGCACAUUUUCCACUUCCACUUCUGCUAUUGAUUCAAUUACUGCACCGAAACCAACCAAUCAAACUCAGACUCAAAGUCUAACUCAAGAAGAGCACACAAAGAUCAACCUCCUCCUCCCACGCCUCUGCCUCUUAAACCACCUCGACACAGCAACCCACCUCACCAUCACAGCCCUGCUCACAAACCCACCUCUCAAAUCUCUCUCUUUGUCCAUUCUCAUCCACUCCUUCACUUCCCAACCCGACAUGGCCCGACCCAUGUCACUUUUAACCCGCCUCAGGCACAACCCACCUUCACAUCCCUAUCUCACGCCCAUCACAACCAUGUUCAUUGCCUCAUAUUUCAAGAAAAAUAAACCCAAAGAGGCCCUCAAAAUGUUCAACUGGUUGGUAAGGCCAGGCUCUCCAUGUGUGCUCGAUGAGAGAGUUUGUGAGGUUUUGGUUAAUGGGUUCUGUAAGAAUGGGAUGGUUCUUGAGGCUUUGAAGGUUUUGAGGGCCAUGCUGAGUACGAAUAUCGUGCCGGGAUGUGAUCUGAAGAAGUGGGUUUAUAAGGUUUUGUUGAGGGAGGCUAGGAUUAAGGAGGCAGUGGAGUUGAAUGAGGCUUUGGGUUGUGUUGGGGAUAGAGAGAAAGGUGAUGAAUCAGAAUGUGUGAAGAAGGUUUUGGCUUUGUUGGAUCACAUGAUUGGCAAUUGGGCAGAAUAGAGCAGUAUUUCUGUAACCGGCUCUUGGAAAGGUGUAAGGUGCCGCACUUUUGUGAAGAUUGCUGUUUACUAAUGCAUGAUGUUUGGGGAUCUGCUGUUGCUAUUACAUGUUCCAUAACUAAGGGCUUCAGAGCUGUAAACAAAGUCCUGCAUUCUGCAUAGGGUCUGGCUGUUAUAAUCCUGCAUUCUGCACAGUGUCUGUCCUUUCGUAUGCCAUUAUCAUCUUCUGUUUUAGAGGCAGUUGAGCAGAAAAGAUUGCCUUAGUGCAUUUGUGAAAUGGUGAUUGUUGCUGAGUACCAGCAGGGUAGAAGCAUUGCACUGAGACGUGAAGAAUUCACAGAUAGCAUCAUGCCUAUGGCACAUUGGGUUUUGUUGUGCUCCCAUUCUUUGAUGGAGGCCUCUUUUGGGUGGACCUGUGGCUGAGUCUUUCCACAAUCAAUUGUAACCGAAAAAGAAGAAAAGCCUCAGAGAACUUCCGAGGUCCUAGGAUGUCAAGGCAUGAAAAAUGUUGUCUGUUUUUUCCCUUGAUCCCUCAAACUUGAUAUUGUAAUGGUGUAUUUGUGACAUUGCCAAAUAUGCCAAGUUAUAUCAACUGAUAUUGGUAUGUAAAUUUUGACUGAGACAGCAUGUGAAUGCAAUGUUCAACUCCAUCACUUGAGAGGGCACUUGGAUUCCA